CCCACCCCGGCUCUCUCUCGCUUCCCAGUCUCAGUUCCUGCCUCCGGUUGCUCCCCCAGGUGGGCAUGAACGGGGCGGGAGAGCCUGAUCCUGGCAGCGGGGGCUACAAAAGGCGCUACAGGGCCUUGAAGAGGAGGCUGAAGUUCCUGAUCUAUGAACAAGAAUGUUUCCAGGAAGAACUGAGAAAAGCGCAAAGGAAACUCUUAAAAGUUUCACGGGAUAAAAGUUUUCUGCUUGAUCGCCUGCUCCAGUAUGAGAACGUGGAUGAAGAAUCAUCAGACUCGGAGGCAACAGCCUCCUCUGACAAUAGUGAUGGGGAGGUUCCCAAGGGGACAGAGCCUCAGUCCCUAAAGAGAAAACAAAGUCCGCAGCUUGGCAGUGCUUCGUCCCCUUCGUCUUCAGGCCUUUCCCUCCAGCCAACUUCCGGCUUUGGGCUCCCGGCUUCAGGGACGCCCUCUCCCUACUUGACCUCUCUGGCCUCACCCCCUUAUGCUCCAUUCCCCUCUGACUACCUGGCACUAGAGCCUGAGCCUGGGCCCCCCCAGCCUGAUGCCAACGCCACCCGCUCUGCUAGGCGGCCCCAAAGGCCCCGCAAGCUCAAGCUCCCGCUGCCCCCCACCUCCCACUCUGACUGUUCAUCUGUGGUGGUGGGGUUGCCCUUUCCUUCGCCCCGCGGGACCCCCAAGCUGCCGCCACCCACCAUCCUCAGUACGGUGCCCCACCAGAUGUUCAGUGACACAGGGGAGGGAAGUGGCGAAGACCCCCUGGAUGGUGACGAUGAAUUGGUAAUCGACAUUCCCGAGUGACAGUGGCAAGCGGCACUCUCUGCUCAAAGGACACAGGCCUCGCAGUGGUGUGCAUGGGGAUUGCGCCCCACAAUUUUUAUUUUUAUUUUGUUUACAGACUCCAAAAACAUGCAAACCAGUCAAUAAAUGGGAUUUUUUAUAUAUAUAAAAAAUUCCAGUUGCAGUUUCUACACAUACCCUCCCCCAAACCCUCACCCAAACUUCCCUCUUCUCCUAAACCCCAUGAGCCCUUAGAAGAAUUUGCCUCCUGCUGAGGCCAGAGGUUUCUCGAUUCUUUUCAGGCAUGUACCUUCAUCUACAAACUGUAUUGUUUAAGAAAAAUAUUUGUGAAAAAGUGCAUCCCUUUACGAGGUGGGAAGAAUCUUUUCUUUUUCUUUUAACUACAAAAGAAAAAAUCCCUUUAAAGGCAGGGAACUCUGAAAAAGUGCUGGAAAUCUCCUGAGGGGAGAAAAAAGUGAACGUUUUUAAGGACUAGGAGAGGUUUUUGCUGCACGUGUAAACAUUUGAAGUCAAUCUACUUCUGAAUUUUUUUUGUGGAGAAGUUUAUCCUUCAAAACCCACUUGUGGAUUGUUUUACAUAAAAUAGAAAGAUCACCAGUGUUUUAAAAUAUAUAUAUUUUACUAGAUGGUUUCUAGUAAGCACCCAAAUUUUGCUACUUGUUGCGAUGUUUUUAUUAUUAUUUUUGCUACAGAUAUUUUAAAGUGGUAGUAGGAUGUAUACAAGAAACCAUCCCAUCGUUACAAAUAUAAGUGCGCGCACACACAGUAAUCUUUAGAAACUGGACAAAAAAUGUCAUGAUUCAUGCCUGGGUGACAGGAGGUUUAAGGUAAGAGCAAAUGCCAAUUUUUUGCCUAGCUGCAAACAUUUGCUCAAAAGGAUAGAUGGAAGACUCUGCCUUUCGAAGAGCUGAUUCACAUUUAACCCAGAAAAUGGGUGUGUCACUUGGGUACUGAACGUCUUCUGAUGAACAACUGAAAUGUUUGACGGGGAAAUAAGUGUGUCUAGCUGAGAUGGAUACAGAUGGUUUUGUGCCUGAUGUGGAAAGCUAAAAUGGGCCCCCCAAAAAUGUGUUACUAAAAGAACAUUAAGUUAAAUACAUGACAAUCUGCUGCCCUUAAUGGUACCACAAAUGCAGUUGCUUGUGGCAGGCCUCCCUAUCCUGUCUAAAAGUAUGGCCAGGCCAGGCCUGGAAGUGUGUGAUGGACACGUAAGUCUCCCUGGCUUAUGCCCACUGCCUGUUCCCAUGACUCUCCAUCAGAAUUUGCAGCAUUGACCAGGAUAAAUCCCGAAAGGAGGAGUUACUAAAGGCACUAUUCCAAUGUGAGAAGAAAAUGGGAGACAUCUCAAAUAAGCCAGUGAGAGAAGGAAAUGGGACCUUUCCCCCCCUUAAAGCCAGAGCAGCUGUAGAAAAGCCUAAUGAGCUGAAGAUUUAAAAAAGGCAUGUACUGUAUAAGAAAUGGAUGGGAGGGCAGGCCACUAGGAUUGUGUGGUCCAGAAGAUUAGAAUAAGCUGAGGCUGGUGAAUGCUACCAAGAACAAUAAAAAGGUGUGUUUGAAGGAAAAGGAAGGACACUAGACCUGUUUCUCAGUAAGGAUGGUGAAAUAUUAACAGGUGGCACAGAAGGCUGGAUUACUCAGUUGCUAUUUUGCCUCUUGUCUUCCCCCCCCCCAAAGGGGAAUUUUGUUCCAUCUUCCAUAAGUAGCAUAGUCAGCACAUGAGUAGUGUGGCCAGAGCUUCUGUUUGAGAUUGGUAAGAAAUUUCAUCAGGAAAUGCCUCACUACCUGAAAUUACUUCGUCUCAAGGACCAGAUGAAUUGCUUCCUAGAGGGUACUAAAAGGAACUCACUGGUGUACUCUCAUAACUUCUGUCUUAAUCAUCUUUGGGAGAUCCCGGAGAACAGGUGAAGUGCCGCAGGGCUGAAGGCAAUUGUUCCAGAUCUUGGAAAGGAGGAUCUGUGAAACAAGUCUAUCUGACUUCAGUGCUAGGGAGGAUAACUAGAAUAGAUUUCAAGGGAGUCAGUUUGCAAGCACCUUGAUAGCAAUGCAGUGGUUAGCAGAAGCCUGCACAGAUUACAAAGAAUAAAUGUGUGUCUAUAUAUACUGUGUGUGUGUGAGGGAGGGAGAGAGAAAUAAACAGUGGUACCUUGGGUUACAAACACUUCAGGUUACAAAUGCUUCAGGUUACAAACUCCGCUAACCCAGUAAUAGUACCUCAGGUUAAGAACUUUGCUUCAGGAUGAGAACAGAAAUCGUGCUCCGGCGGCGUGGCAGCAGCAGGAGGUCCCAUUAGCUAAAGUGGUGCUUCAGGUUAAGAACAGUUUCAGGUUAAGAAUGGACCUCUGGAAUGAAUUAAGUUCUUAACCAGAGGUACCACUGUAUAUAAAAUCAAGUUACUAGUUUAGUGGAUUGAAGAACGACUCUGCAAUGCAAUGCUUUUGGUUUCAGCAAAACACCUAAAAGAGUCCCCCAUGAUAAUGUGAUUUGCAAGCUGAUUAAAUGCUAUGAACUAGGAAAAGAUAGCAUGGGAAACUGGAUGAAAGCAAAAUGAGAUUCAGCAGAAACAAAUGCAGAAUUUUGCAUUUAGGCAAAAUAAUCAUGGCCAUAAUCAAGUGCACAGGUAUAGGGGUGGAAGCAGCAGUAAAAAUGAAGAGGAUCCCAGGAAUAGUUGAUCUUGAGCUGAACGUGAGCCAGUAGUACUGUGUAAGACUCAUACAAUUUUAGGCGGCAUUAAUACAGCCGUCAUUUCCAAGAAAUGAGAAGUAAUAGUUCCACCUUAUUCUGUGCUAGUUGGACUUCAUCCGGAGUACUUUGUCCGUUUGUGGAUGCUACACUUUAAGAAGGAUAUAGACAAGCUGGAAUGGGUUCAGAGAAGGGCAGUGAAGAUGGUUAAGGGUAUGAAAAACAAUCCCUAUGAGGAAAGGUUGAAGGAACUGGGUAUGUUUAGCCUGGAGAAGAAAGCACCUUUCAAAUACCUAAAGGGGUCUUACAUAGAAGACUUGCUUUGCUGCACCAGAGUGCAGGACUGUCACUGGAUGUAAAGGGCUUAAGUUACAGGAAGAGCAGGUGUUGGCUGAACUUUUUCAUAGAAAUAGCAGUUCCACAAUGGGGACCCAGUUGCCCAGAGACGAGGUGCUCUCCCUUCCUGGAAGUCUUUAAGAAGAGGCUGGGCAGCCCGCUGUUAGGAUUGCUCUCGCCCUGGAUCGCCUCCAGUGAUUUGAGCUUUCUGGCAGAAAUGGAAGCAAGAAUCAACAGCACAAUAAUUUCCUGCAACCUUGUUUUUUAAAAACUGCUUGGGUGGUGGUGGGGUCAACCUUGUUUGUAACAAGAGGCACUGCAGAGUCUCUAACAAGGGAUAAACAGUUAUGUCGGCAGGCCUCUAACAAUGAGUUAGCACGAAGAAAUGUGCCAGAUGAAUGCCCCUAUAAUCCAUGCAGGAAAUUGCAGAGGCAAUAAACAAUAGGUUUUUUUCUCCAGCAGUUCAGGAGUAUAAAUUGUAUUUGGCACUCUGAUGUUAAGUUGAGUAGAGAAAGGAGCUGGUGUGGAAAGAAGAGGGAAAGCUAUUUUGGACCGCUGAAAGAAAUUCCAUAUGGGCAAGUGGGUUUUUAACAUGCUUUAAAAAAGAAAAAGCAAUCUAAACCGAUGCUUCAAAUUUUGUGUGCCAGCAAAUAUCUUGUCCUUUAAAAUCCAAGCUAAGCCUUGGUUUGAAAGUAGUGGGAUUUCAGAGCGAUGGGCAGCUUGGAAAGACAGGUGUUAAGAGAGGAAGAUGACGGAUAAUUAUUUCUGUGACUUUUCAUUGAUUCAAAUUCUUUUUCUACAAGCGGCUUCCUGGGCUCCUCCUGUUCUUCCUUGGCUCCUCCGCUCUGCUAUGACCACCUCCCACUUCCCAAUGCCUCAAAACACACGGAACCAGAAGAGGCGAUUCAUUCCAUUUAAGCCCUUCCCUAGAGCGUAAUAUAAAUGGACACCAACGACAAGAAAUUUUCAAAACGUGCAAACGUCCUCGUGCAAAGGAGGGGCCCCUGGUGCUGUGCCCCUCCCUUUUUUUUGGCAGGCAGGCAGGGUGGGAGGAUGCAACUUUAUAUA